AUGAUAAACGCGCUCUUCCCAUUUACCUCAGGAAUAUGGUUGAUCCUGUCAUUUAAUGCUGUCGCAAACAGCCGCUUUUUUUCUUCGUACACGCAGUACUGCUUCUUUCAUAUCCUUACUGAACUCCCUGAUUCCCACACAAUUUUCCAAGGAUCCAAGAAAGCUACACAGCUCCAAGCUCAAGCAGUGCCGCAUGAUGUAUCGUACCGUUACGUUACACGAUACUCCCAAGUGGCGGCGAGAUAACAAGUACAUCCUCACCGGCUAUCGUCUAGAAGCAGACUAUCUACAAGCCGUUAAAAGCCUUACUUUCUUGCAUAAUGAGACCUGCAACAUAUAUACCCAUUUAGUCAGCGCUAUACUUCUGCCCUUCUUAGCAACCUCUAUUCUCCGAACUAUCUAUAUGAGAACUGAUUUUACUAUGUUUAGUAUCUUCUUCUGUUCUGCUGAGAGCUGCCUGAUUUUCAGCACUAUGUACCAUCUUAUUGGAAGUCACUUCUGGCACCAAAUGGAUUUACUAGGGAUUAUUCUUAUUACUAUUGGCACCUUUAUCCCUGGGAUCUAUUAUAUCUUUAACUGCAAUCCAAUUCUACAGAAGAUUCAUUGGACUAUUGUUAUAUUUUGGGGAUCUAUUCUAGUAUCUCUUGUCUCUAUACCUAAGUUUGGGACAUUGCAGUGGCGUAAUAUCAGAGUUACUGCCUAUAUAGCAUUUGGUGCAUCUGCUUUUAUCCCUUUACUACAUGGUAUGCAGAUCUAUGGGUUAGAUUAUAUGCUUAAAUAUUCGGGUUUGAAAUGGUAUCUUAUUGAACUCCUUCUAUAUGGAGUUGGCUGCGCCCUU